AUGAGUGGGUUUCUCAAGGUUAAAGGAACCAAGAUAGUUGACUCCAAUGAUAAGCCGGUGGUAUUGAAAGGAUGUGCUACCGGAGGACACCUUAAUAUGGAAAAUUUCAUUACUGGAUACCCAGGACAUGAGACUGAACAUAAGAAAGUGUUGGAGUUAAAAAUGGGUAAGCAGAAGUACGACUUCUUCUUUGAGAAGUUUUAUGAUUAUUAUUGGACGGAGCUGGAUGCCCUUUUCUUCAAGAAUGAGUUGAAAUUGAACUGCGUGAGAAUUCCUUUUAAUUACCGUCAUUUCUUAAAUGAUGAUGGUGAUUUAUUCAAGAUUAACGGUGACGGAUUCACAAAGUUGAAUAAGAUCAUCGAUACUUGCUCCAAGCACGGCAUAUAUACCAUUUUGGACUUGCAUGCUGUUCCCGGGGGCCAGAACCAAGAUUGGCAUAGUGACUCUAGCAUUCAUAAGGCUCUUUUCUGGGACUUUAAGAUAUUUCAGGAUGUAAUUAUUAACCUUUGGGCUGAAAUUGCUAAAUAUUACGAAAAGAAUGAAUGGAUUGCCGGUUAUAACCCAUUGAAUGAGCCAGCGUCCGAAGACCAUUCAAAGCUUAUUGAUUUUUAUGUUCGUCUUGAAAAAACAAUUCGUUCCAACGAUUCAAAUCAUAUUUUGUUUUUGGAUGCAAAUACUUAUGCAAUGGAUUUUAGUCAAUUCCCACCAGCAACGACUUUCCCUAAUUCUGUUUUUUCGAUUCAUGACUAUUCAAACUUCGGGUUCCCCAACCCACAAGGUACUUUAUACGCCGGUUCUGAUUCUGAAAAGACAAAACUUGAAAAUCAGUACACUCGUAAAAUUGAUUAUAUGAUCAAGAAUAAAGUCCCGGUAUGGAACGGGGAGUUUGGUCCGGUGUAUGCGUCCACCGUUCGUGGUGACGGCGAUCCCGAUACCAUCAACAAGGCACGGUAUCAACUUUUAAAAGACCAGCUUGAUAUUUACUCGCAUGGCGAUCCCAGCGGUGAUAAAACCCCAAUCAGUUGGAACAUCUGGCUCUAUAAAGAUAUCGGAUACCAAGGAUUGGUUUACGUGGACCCGGAAUCAAAAUUGUACCAAGUAUUGGGGCACUACCUUAUCAGAAAGAAAAAAUUGGGCUUGGAUAGAUGGGGGAACGAUAUUGAUCCAAAAUACGCUAAACUCUAUGAUUCAUUACAAGAGCACUUUGAACAAAACAUCCCCUUGGAGAACCAAAGAGCCAUCUAUCCGCAUGUCUGGACCAUAAGAGAUCACAUAUCCCGGGUUACUAGAAAUUUGUUGUUCAGUCAAUAUUUCCAGUACGAAUACGCUGACUUGUUGGCUGACUUGACCUAUAACGAGUUGGACGAGCUCGCCGCUUGUUUCAAGUUAGAAAACAUGUUAAAAAGAGACCAGCUCAAUGAAAUCUUGAGAAAUUAUUAG